CACCUGUCGUCGGACCCGGCCGAGUCGCUGGUGAUGCUCCCCAUUGGAUGGAUGUGCUUUAACGCCUCCAGCCCCAGCGAAGCCACGGGUUUCAGCUACGCCGAGACGGAGAUGAACAAGGACGGCGUGUACCGCAUCUCCAACACGCACAACAUGCUCGUCGUCCUCGGCUGCAACACCUUCGCCUACACGGCCAGCGGGAAGACGCAGGGCGGCACCGAUGCCUACACCUACUACACGGGCUGCAUGUCCUUCUGCAACAACUCGGCCAGCGCACAGGACGGCCUCUGCGCCGGCGUUGGGUGCUGCCGCCUCGACAUCCCGCCGGGCCUCACCGGCAACUACUUCAAGUUCCGUACCUACGACCACUCCACCAUGAUGGACUACAGCCCCUGCGACUACGCAUUCCUCGUCGACAGGAACAACUACACCUUCCGACGGUCCGACCUCCUCAUGGACACCAACCGGACCUCGCCGGUCUGGCUGGACUGGGCCAUCCGCGGCAACGGCUCCGCUUCUGGCGACGUGUUCUCAUGCACACAGGCGGCCAAGACGGGUCAGUCCGCAUGCGUCAGCGCGCACAGCGACUGCGUGGAUUCCACCAAUGGGCCUGGCUACAACUGCAAGUGCUCCAAAGGCUACGAGGGCAACGCCUACCUUGCCGACGGAUGCACCAAUAUAGAUGAAUGUGCACAUCCAGCAAAGUAUCAUUGCUACGGUGUCUGCAAGGACACUCAAGGAUCUUACCAAUGCACCUGUCAUCCAGGUUAUGAGAGCGAUGACCCAAGAACUGGACCCUGCGCUCCAAAGUUCCCACUUGCUGCACAGAUUUCCAUAGGUGUAAUAGGUGGUACACUUGUCAUCGCAUUAGUGGCAUUCAUCAUUAUUAUUCGAAAAGAGAAGCGGAAGACCAGGGAGUUUUAUGAGAAAAAUGGUGGUCUUACCUUGGAGAAAGCUAAAGUUAUAAAGCUUUUCAAAAAGGAGGAGCUCAAGCCAAUUUUAAGAAGUAGCAAUUUAAUUGGAAAAGGUGGCUUUGGUGAAGUUUACAAGGGGGUUGUUGAUAACAUACUAGUUGCAGUAAAGAAACCAAUUAGCGGUAAUGUGCUGGAGAACAAGCAAUUUGCAAAUGAAGUCAUCAUACAGUCUCAAGUCAUCCACAAGAACAUCGUUAAGCUUAUAGGUUGUUGCCUAGAAGUGGAUACCCCCAUGCUAGUGUACGAGUUCAUUUCCAAAGGAAGCUUGCAUGACAUUCUUCAUGAGUCCGAGAAGAGGGAGCCACUCAACUUGGAUGUGCGUCUAAGCAUUAUUGUGGAAUCGGCACAUGGUCUAGCUUAUAUGCAUUCCCAAGCCCAUACCAAAAUCCUGCACGGUGAUGUUAAACCAGCAAAUAUACUUUUGGAUGACAACUUUGUGCCAAAGAUCUCAGACUUUGGCAUAUCGAGGUUGAUUGCAGUAGAUAAGGAACACACUGCAAAUGUCAUUGGUGACAUGACUUAUAUGGAUCCAGUAUACCUACAAACAGGCCGACUGACUGAAAAAAGUGAUGUCUACAGUUUUGGGGUUGUCAUCUUAGAGGUCAUUAGCAGGAAGAAGGCCACUCAUUCCGACAAUAACAACUUAGUGACGAGUUUCCUUGAGUGUCAUAAAGAAGGGAAGAAAGCAACUGAGUUGUUUGAUAAGGAAAUUGCCAUAGCAGGAGAUUUGGAGCUUCUUGACACUCUGGCCGGUAUUGCUGUGGAAUGUCUUAACCUUGAUGUGGAUCAAAGACCAUCAAUGACAAAUGUCGUGGCACGUCUUCUCACAUUGAAUAGAUCCCGUCUACAUGCUCAUGCUCUCGUACUAAAGAGAGCGGGAAACAGAGUGAGCUCGGCCGACCCAAGAGGCGACCCCGUGCGAGACCUUGGCGUUGACCGGAGGUCUCCGGUCUCCGGUGCGCGCCGUCGUCUCCCCGGCGGCGAGCUCUGGUUGCGAUCUGAGGCAAUGCCAACGGCAUUCUUGCUGCCCGCGGUGCUCCUGGCGGCAGCGGCAGCGGCAGCCACCACGGAGGCGACCAAGAACCUCGUCGUGACUCGUGGCUGCGUGACGAGCUGCGGUGGCGUGGACAUCCCCUACCCCUUCGGCAUCGGCAGCGGCUGCUUCCGCAAGGGCUUUGAGAUUGAGUGCAUCAACAACAGCCCUGUGCUUGCCGGCACGUCCAUUCACGUGGUACACCUGUCGGGGGAUCCUGCAGAGUCGCUGGUGAUGCUCCCCGUUGGGUGGCAGUGCUACAACACAAGCAGCCCAGACAAGGUCGAGGCCAGCAGCCAUGGUGAGACGGAGAUGAACAAGCAUGGUGUGUACCGCCUGUCCAACACGCACAACAUGCUCGUCAUCCUAGGCUGCAACACCAUGGGCAACAUUGGGAGCGUCAGAACCACGCGCGACGUUGACGAAUACUCCUACUACAUGGGGUGCAUGACCUUCUGCAACUACUCGGCGACUGCGCAGGAUGGCCUCUGCGCCAGUGUCGGGUGUUGCCAUGUCGACAUCCCGCCGGGGCUCACCCACAACUACUUCUAUUUCCGUGUGUACGACCACACCGGCAUGAUGGACUUCAGCCCAUGCGACUACGCCUUCCUCGUCGACAGGACCAACUACACCUUCCGGCGGUCUGACCUCCUCAGGGACACAAACCGGACCUCGCCGGUGUGGCUGGACUGGGCCAUUCGCGGCGAUGACGACUCCACCUCAUUAUCGUGCGCUGAAGCGGCCAAGGCCACGACAACGGAGUACGCCUGCGUCAGCAAUCACAGCGACUGUGUCAACGCCACCAAUGGGCCUGGUUACAACUGCAGGUGCUCCAAAGGCUACCAGGGCAACGCCUACCUUGUCAACGGCUGCAGCAACAUAGAUGAAUGUGCGGAUCCAGCAAAGUAUCCUUGCAAAGGUGUAUGCAGGGACACCGAAGGAUCUUACCAAUGCACCUGUGGUCCAGGUUAUGGGAGCGAUGACCCAAAAACUCAACGCUGUACUCCAAAGUUCCCACUUGCUGCACAGAUUUGCAUAGGUACAAUAGGUGGUGCACUUGUCAUCGCAUUUACGGCAUUCGUCAUUAUUAUUCGGAAAGAGAAGCGGAAGACCAAAGAGUUCUAUGAGAAAAAUGGUGGUCUUACCUUAGAGAAAGCUAAAGUUAUAAAGCUUUUCAAAAAGGAGGAGCUCAAGCCAGUUUUAAAGAUUAGCAAUUUAAUUGGAAAAGGUGGCUUUGGUGAAGUUUACAAGGGGGUUGUUGAUGACAUACUAGUCGCAGUAAAGAAACCAAUUAGUGGUAAUGUGCUGGAGAACAAGCAAUUUGCAAAUGAAGUCAUCAUCCAAUCCCAAGUCAUCCACAAGAACAUUGUUAGGCUCAUAGGUUGUUGCCUAGAAGUGGAUACCCCCAUGCUAGUGUACGAGUUCAUUUCCAAAGGAAGUUUGCAUGAAAUUCUUCACAGGGUUGACAACAAGGAGCCUCUCAACUUGGAUGUGCGUCUAAGCAUUGUUGCCGAAUCAGCACAUGGUCUAGCUUAUAUGCAUUCACAGGCCCAUACCAAAAUCCUGCACGGUGAUGUUAAACCAGCAAAUAUACUUUUGGAUGACAGCUUUGUGCCAAAGAUCUCUGACUUUGGCAUAUCAAGGUUGAUUGCAAUAGACAAGGAACACACUGCAAACGUCAUUGGUGACAUGACUUAUAUGGACCCAGUAUACCUGCAAACAGGCCUAUUGACUGAAAAAAGUGAUGUCUACAGUUUUGGGGUUGUCAUCUUAGAGGUCAUUAGCAGGAAGAAGGCCACUCAUUCUGACAAUAACAGCUUGGUGACGAGUUUCCUCGAGUGCCACAAAGAGAAGAAGAAAGCAACCGAGUUGUUUGAUAAGGAAAUUGCAACCACAGGAAAUUUGGAGCUUCUUGACACACUAGCAGGGAUUGCUGUGGGAUGUCUCAACCUUGAUGUGGAUCAAAGGCCAUCAAUGACAGACGUUGUGGCGCGCCUUCUCACAUUGAAUCGAUCACGUAUGGUGUAACUUGGUUUGCGGAGUUGAGUUUUAGCAACAUGUAUGAACCUUUAUUGUGCAUCACAUUUCUUCCCAUUCCAAAGUCGAAGUGCAUCUUCAAAAAUUGUCCCGGUCGGCCUCAUUUAAUUGCCCCGCAAUGCUUGAAAUGGUGUCACGCAUGAAGGAGUCUUCAUCCAUGUCAGCAGGCUCCAAGAAGCAACCCGGUCAUGAAGCUUCUUCCGUUUCAAACAAAGGCAUCUUAACACUUGCUGAGACGUCAUAUUGAGCCCGACAUCAACGUAGCAGAUAGAGAGUUUGGGGACAAGCAAGCAGAAAAGGUAACUAGGUACCUUUAACAUCUGUUUUCUUUCCUCUGCCAACAAAAAUGCUAGUACAUGAUAUGGUGGAAUUAAGCAAUCAAGGAAAAACAGGGAGAAAUGCAACCGAUGGGCGUUUACUGAAGGGGCAGAGAGUUCAAUCGAUUUCUGAAUUUUGGAGCUAUAGUGUGUCUUGAAAAUGUGAGACAACGAUAUUCAAGACGCACCCCAGCCAUCGUCUGUCAAUCAAACUGAACGAUAUGAUGUUAUAACUGAUACAGGUUAAACUAAAUUAAUAGCGCUUACGGUAUUCAGCAGUCUGAUGACCGAGUCGACCACUUGAACAUUCACACAAAAGAGAAUUGUGAUCACACUGGUGCGUACAAAUUAUCUGGGCUGAUUGCAACCCGGUGCAGAGAAUUACAAGAGGCAAAGGAUGUGUGUCUUCUCUGCUUUUUGCCGGUUAAGCAAGGACACCUGAUGUUCUCAAGUCACAUCCAAGUAUCAAUUUUUGCUUACGGGAUCAAGUAUCGGAAUUUCAUUGUACAUAAUGCAGCCAAUAGUAGUUUGUGGGUUUUCUCCCCUCCACCUCACCCUUGGGUGUAGAAGAAUGGAGCAGACAUCUGGAAGUUAAAAAAAAAAGGAGCAACCAACUGCAGAUUACAGUGAAUCUGGCCAUUUUGCACCUGAAACAAAAUGCCAUCAGAGAGCAUGCCAUCAGCACGGCAAUGCCAGAGUUGUUCCCAGCCAAAAAUCAGCAAGAAGCUCGUUGGCCAUCAACACUCGGCAGGCAAUAAUAUUUUACUAGGAAAAAAAAGAGGCAAUAAUACAUCAGAAUAACGCGUCGCUGCGAUUCAUGGGUUAGAACUCUUUCGAUUAUUUUUUCUACAAGUUGCAACUAGCUACUCUUGGUCUUAUCUACGACAAGUUGCAGGUCUCCCUUUCGAUUAGUACGCAAUCAUGUGUUUUUCUAAUCACCUGUCGUGUUAGUUAUACAUUAUUGUUGGGCAAUCACGGGUAUUAGCAUAAAUAUAUGGUGCACGCAAAACCCGGCGACUUCACAUGCCAACUGCCCCGAUCGAGGAAGGCAUCUAGCAGAGGAAGACAUUUGCAAACUUGCAAAUUUACAGCUGGACCCUUGAAACUACAAAUUGUACGAACACACGGGAUUCAGAAACUUCCACCUGAAGCAAAAAAGCUCAAACUUCAUAUAUGCUCCCUUAGAGAUUUUACUACGGACUGCAUACGGAGCAAAAUGACUGAAUCUACACUCUAAAAUAUGUCUAUAUACAUCCGUAUGUAGUUUGUAUUGAAAUCCUAGAAAGGUUUGUAUUUAGAAACGGAGGGAGUACACAAAAACCCAAGAUGGGUGCUAGUUAAUUUGAUUUUCCGAAUUUACAAAUUGGACUGACCCGGCCGUCUUCUCCAGCGCGCGUCUUUCAAAAUGCGGGCUGCCUCUGCACCCAGCCGGCCGGCCAUUUCUUUAAUUGAUGGCGACUGGGACUUGGGUACCAGCUACUGCAGGGAGAAAGCAUAUGCCCGGUCAGUCCAGAUCUAGAUCUACUUAUUUCCCUUUGGUCAAUGCUUUUGCUUGCUCGGCAUCAUCGUUCAGCUCGUGAUCUGGAAGCCAAGAAGCAACCCAAGUCUUGCAGGGACUCUGUUCCCCGUCGCCUCCUUCGAUCUCCAUCAACGAAGGAAGCAGAAGCUAUCAAUCAUAUUCAUAUCCAUAUCUGUAUGCGCGCUAGCGCUUGAUAGAAAGCUUAUUGCCUUCGUACACGAAAAUGGACCAACCUGAGCUUGAGGUUUCGGAGAUAGACGAACUGGAACGCGUCGUAGGUGAUGCAGGAGCGAAGGCAAGACGUCUCGAGCUUUCACUUCUCGAGCGCAUAACGAAUCGUUUCUCUGAUGAACGUAGAAUUGGUAGCGGUGGAUUUGGAGAGGUUUACCUGGGAGUGCUUCCAAGUGGCCUACGUAUUGCUGUAAAGAAGCUUUACCCUAUAGCUGGAUUGGAUGAAAUUGCAUUUGCAAAUGAAAUUUCUAUCAUUAUGAAGGUUGCUCACGAGAACAUAGUGCGACUCAUAGGCUACUGUGAUCACACGAAUCAUGAACACAUCGAACACAACGGGAAGUUGAUUUUCGCAAAGUACAGACAAAUAUUGAUCUGUACGGAGUAUAUGCCGAACGGAA